UCUCCAGCAAAAACUCUUAAAGUAGUAUUACUUGUCUUUUCAUUUUCUACUCAGCUGUAUAGAAAGGGUAAUGUACUGCUGGAUUCCUUAUAUCAGUACAACCCUAGCUCCUCCUCUUUUAGGAGUUGCCUCUACCAUUAUUAAAGAAAGCAAUACAGCACCUACUGGGCAUGCUCUUUAGAAGUAAGCUUCCUUAAAAAGGAGCUAGUUUUCUUUCAUUUCUCUUCUUUUCUUCAUGUCUCAGAUAAAAGCUUAUGCUAUAUUUCAGUCUGUAACCAGAUACAGGAGACAAACUUUCCCAGAAGUUCCUGAUGUUAUCAGCAGUAUAAGGCAAGCCUCCAAAGCAGCCCUGAAGGAGGAUGCCAAGUCCAGUAAAGAUAGUGAAGAAGCCUUUUACAACUCCCAAAAAUUUGAGGUUUUGUAUUGUGGAAAGGUGACAGUGGCUCACAAGAAAGCCCCCUCCACCCUAAUUGAUGACUGCAUUGAGAAAUUCAGUCUUCAUGAGCGCCAGCGCCUGAAGCUGUUGAGUGAGCAGCGGAGUACAGAUUCCAGUUUGGAGUUAACCUUGGGUGAAGGAGACUUGCCCACUUCUCCAACAGAUAGUCCAUUUGAGGAGCUAGAUGGCACCAAUGCCUCCCCUGGGAUGUUUACAAUUGGUAGCCAGACCAAUCUGGCCAGCCUGGCGGGCACUCGAGGCUCCUUUCCUGAGCGAAUUUUGGAAGAUUCAGGCUUUGAUGAACAGCAGGAGUUCCGCUCCCGGUGUAGCAGUGUCACUGCAAUUAUGCAAAAGCGGGUUCAUGAUACCAACCUGAAAAUACAGCCUCGAAGGAGACAUGCAAGCGCACCCAGUCAUGUUCAGCCCUCAGAUUCUGAGAAGAACAGAACAAUGUUGUUUCAGGUUGGACGAUUUGAAAUUAACCUAAUCAGCCCAGAUACCAAAUCUGUUGUCCUUGAAAAGAAUUUUAAAGAUAUCUCCUCAUGUUCUCAGGGUAUAAAACAUGUUGAUCAUUUUGGCUUCAUUUGUCGCGAAUCUAUUGAACCUGGGCUAAGCCAGUAUGUCUGCUAUGUGUUCCAGUGUGCAAGUGAGUCUUUGGUCGAUGAGAUAAUGCUUACCCUGAAACAAGCCUUUAGCACUGCUGCAGCUCUACAGAAUGCCAAGACUCAGAUUAAACUCUGUGAGGCCUGUCCUAUGCACUCCUUACAUAAACUCUGUGAAAGAAUCGAAGGUCUUUACCCACCGAGAGCCAAACUUGUCAUUCAGAGACACCUGUCAUCACUUACUGAUAAUGAACAAGCAGACAUUUUUGAACGUGUUCAGAAAAUGAAGCCUACCAAUGACCAGGAAGAAAAUGAGCUUGUCAUCUUGCAUCUGCGGCAGCUGUGUGAAGCUAAACAGAAGACGCACAUUCAUAUUGGGGAAGCACCAUUGAACAUUUCUGGCAGUGCAAUUCCAGAAAACACUGCUAGUGGUGGCAGAUUUAAACUUGACAUUCUGAAAAACAAAGCCAAGAAAUCCUUGACUAGCUCCCUGGAAAAUAUCUUCUCGAGGGGAGCUAACAGAAUGCGAGGCCGUCUGGGAAGUAUGGAUAGCUUUGAACGGUGCAAUAGCAUUGCUUCUGACAAGGACUGUUCUCCUGGUGAUUCACCUCCUGCCACUCCUCCAGCUUCCCCGGUGUCUUCAGGCUGGCAGCCAUUUCCCGAGGAGGACUUGGAUUCUCCCCAGUUCAGAAGGCGUGCACACACGUUCAGCCACCCACCAUCCAGUGCCAAGAGGCGGAUUGCUUUCCAGGAUGGAAGAUCCCAGAGCGUUAAGUCCCCUCUUCUGAGACAGAAUUCUACCGAGCCCAGUGGUGAAGGGGAGGGAAGGAAAAGGACUUCAUCUGUGUGCAGCAAUGACUCUCUAAAUGCCGCCGGGGUCACUCUCACCCCCCGCCGCAUCUCCUGGCGGCAGCGGAUCUUCCUGCGGGUAGCCUCACCAAUGAACAAAUCUCCUGCCAAGAUGCAACACCCAGAUGGCCGUGAGGGGAAUGAAUUGUUACCACUGUCUCCUCUUGCUCCACCCUUGGAAGAGGAUCCUCUUGCUCCUGUGCUGCAAAAUGAGGAUAUCCCAGAUAAGGCUGGAGAGAGGAAAAAUUCAGAAGAGCUGCAGAGUCUGUGGAGAAAAGCCAUCCAUCAGCAAAUCCUGUUGCUUCGAAUGGAAAAAGAAAACCAGAAGCUGGAAGAAGCAAGCAGAGAUGAACUCCAAUCAAGGAAAGUAAAACUGGACUAUGAAGAAGUUGGUACUUGUCAGAAAGAUGUCGUAAAUAUCUGGGAUAAAAAGUUACUAAACUGCAGAGCCAAAAUCAGAUGCGAUAUGGAAGAUAUUCAUGCCACUCUUAAAGAAGGUGUACCAAAGAGCCGCCGAGGAGAAAUCUGGCAAUUCCUAGCUGUACAGCACCGUGUAAGACACAGACUCCCAAGCAAACAACAACCUCCAGACAUCUCCUACAAAGAGCUCCUGAAACAACUGACUGCUCAGCAGCAUGCUAUUCUUGUAGAUUUAGGAAGGACGUUCCCCACACAUCCUUACUUUUCUGCCCAGUUGGGAGCAGGACAGCUGUCACUCUUUAAUCUUCUGAAAGCUUAUUCUUUGCUGGACAAGGAAGUAGGUUAUUGCCAGGGUAUCAGCUUUGUGGCUGGAGUACUGCUUCUGCACAUGAGUGAAGAGCAAGCCUUUGAAAUGCUGAAGUUCCUCAUGUAUGACCUGGGCUUCCGUAAACAGUACAGGCCAGACAUGAUGUCACUACAGAUUCAGAUGUAUCAGCUGUCAAGACUUCUCCAUGAUUAUCACAGAGACCUGUACAAUCAUCUUGAAGAGAAUGAAAUCAGCCCCAGUCUGUAUGCUGCACCCUGGUUUCUUACCUUGUUUGCUUCUCAGUUUCCAUUAGGAUUCGUAGCCAGAGUAUUUGACAUUAUUUUUCUUCAAGGAACAGAAGUCAUAUUUAAAGUAGCACUGAGUCUACUAAGCAGCCAGGAAGCACUUAUAAUGGGAUGUGAGACCUUUGAGAAUAUUGUUGAUUUCCUUAAAAUCACUAUCCCAGACAUGACUCAGUCUCAAAUGGAAAAGAUUAUUACCCAGGUUUUUGAGAUGGAUAUUUCCAAGCAGCUUCAUGCUUAUGAAGUAGAGUACCAUGUACUACAGGAUGAGCUACAAGAAGGUGCAAAUCCUUGUGAUGAUGGUGAACCUCUAGAAAAACUGGAGAGGGCAAACAGUCAGCUAAAGAGACAGAACAUGGACUUAUUGGAGAAGUUACAGGUAGCUCAUGCUAAAAUUCAGAGUCUGGAAUCCAACCUAGAAAAUAUCUUGACUCGAGAGAACAAAAUGAAGAGCUUAAUCCAGUCCUUGGAACAGGAGAAGAUUGCUUAUCAAAAUACUCUUGAGCAAAUAACUAAAUAUCUGCCAGCAGAAGCACUGUCUGACUGUGAACUGCUUCUCAAGGAAGUAAGCUGUAACCCAGACAAUUGAACAAAGCAAGGAAAUAAGCCAUAAAUAAGUUGUGGGCAGCAUAAUUUCACAUACUUAAGGGAAAGAAAACCAGCGUGCUGCUUUAGGAGGACUCGGAAAGCAAUAGGUAAUGGUGUCACCCAAAACUGAUAUUGGGACACUGAAUAGCAGCAAGUGGGCCUUUUAGAUCUCAGUAUGCAAAUCCAGGCUAUUAAAAAUAGUUGUUUGGUUUUUUUAAAUGCUUGUGUAAAUAAAUCACAAUGGGAGAAUAUAUUUCUCAAACUUAAUUAUGACAAGUAGAUGUAUAUUUAGAGUUGAUUUAAAGGUCAGAACAUCACUAAAAGCAAAGGGGGUGGUAAAUUAAAACUAGAUGCACACGCUCUCCAUUUUUUCUUUUUUGGUCUGGUAGUGAAAUGAGGGUAUUGUCACACUAUAUAAAAUAUUAGAGAGAGAGAGAGAAUAAUACUUGAAAAAAUGAAUGUAUUUUCCUCCAAAGAACAGCAUGUUUCACAUGUUUUGUGGAAAAUCUAUGUAAAAUUCAUGUGUGCCUGUCAUUCAUUUUACUGACUGUGUGUGGGUGUGUGAGAGAACAAAGGAUGACUGUCGCUAUGAGGUUCUUAGAGGGAGAAUUAUGCCAUACACUGCCUGGAAUGUGCCAAUCAGCAAGUUGCUUCCACAUGCAUGUUGCAACAAAGAUAAGCAUCAUGUCACAGCUAAGUGUAAGUAAUUCCAAAUCGGUCACAAGAUCCCAAAGUAGCUUACCUUGCUUCUUCCCUCUUUCGCACUAAGUUUGGUAGUAGUUGAAGGAAGAAAAUGAAGAUCCAGAGUAGUCUCCAUUUGGACUUCUUUGUUUCCUGCAAGUGACUUGCGGUGGUCGCAUGUUUAAAACUUAUAUGGGGAUUUCAAGUCACCAGAGGAACCUUUUAAGAAAUCUUUUAAAAAAACCUGUGUUUUGGAAGGUCUGUGAACUCUUUGAUAAUUUUGGGGAAUAAGCGCUAACCAUUUUCAGGGACUUCACUCUGUAAAAGGAUAGGGAGAGGAAUUGUCACUUUAAAAUCCACCCCCCCCUCCCAAAUACUUUGAACAAAAAGGUACAUAAUAUUUGUCUGAAAUACAGGUUUGAAAGGUGAUACUGAAGUAUAAAUACAACUUAAUUGUUUUUCAGGCUAUUUUUGCAUUAUCGCCACUUGGCAAUCAUUUUUAAUGCAUCAUAAGCAGAUCUGUCCUAGACAGAAGAAGCUAUGUCCCAGUCAAUUCUUUCAGGCAAAGUUUAGUUGCAUCUGUCAAUGGGCAGUAAAUUAGAUGCCUACAGAUUUGAUAAAGUUAUUUUUGAUCAGUGUAAUCUUCAAGAAGACUUGUUUGGAUGUAGUAGACAUGUAUUUUGUAUAUGCACAUCUCACUUGUUACUUGAGUGUUACAGUGGAUUGUAUUAUCUUACCAGGUAUGUGAUUUCCACCCCCGCCCAAGAAAUUCUGGUCCAUCUUUUUUUAUAUAUAUAAAAGGAAAUUGAGCAAAUUCAGCCCAAGUGUCUUUAUGUAU